AUGGCUCCGCCCCCGCCCCCACCUCCUACGCUCCAACCGCAAAUGAAAGUGCCAAUCCCAAUUGGUGGAUCAUACGGAGGAGAGAUUAUGGAUCGAUCGUGGUACAAGCCCAGGGGGCACACCUCUUCCUCGGUUUCCUUCGCAGUGCCACACUCCAGCUCGUACGCCCCUCAGCAGAGGCAUUACACCAUGCCACACGUACCCCCAUCUCAAACAUCUUCAAGGAAACGUCGUCCUUCUUCACCUUCUCGCUACCCUUCAUCGAAGGUAGAGGGCGUGUACCAGAACCCUCUCCGGGAGAAGAGGCGCUCAGAGACGCGUCCUCUAACUUGCAAAGACCCUUCAAACCGAGAAGAGUAUAGGAGGAGGGGCAGGGAGAGGGAGAGUGUGCAGGUACCAAAGGUGUAUAGCCGGGACUACGCGUACAACAAUCGGCCUGGGUAUGCCUCCGGUGCUGGACAAGAGCACAACGUUGGGUCCGGAUAUGCCAAUGCCAACGCCAGCCACUCGACCUCGGGAUACCAAUACGCCCCCGACCUCUACCCGUCGGAGGAUAAGGAGCGGUAUAGGCGCCUCAGGAGACGGACAGCACCGUCUGCUGGUCUUCCGUCUUCUUUUCGGCCCUCCGCGGUUCCUUCGACAACGAUUCAACCUUCCCAUAACGCCAACCACAACGUCGCCUCUUACAACGCGUAUACACACCCGAAGACCGACGUGAACACCGCCCCCCUUUCGAGGAAGCGGAGGACAUCCAAUAAACCCAGGCCUGAUCUCUCGAUCCAAGUCCCAGUUCUUCCGUACUCGACACAACCCUCGUCUUCGGUCAAGCCUGCUCAUUACCAAAGCCCGCCAUCUGCCCAACCCUACUCCAGCCAAUACCAGAGUCAAGGGAGGGGAUACGAGAGAUACGAGAGGCGAGACGGGAAGGGGCACCGUCGAGGAGCUUCUUACGACCACCAUCACCGCGCCCCCGCCCCUACCCCGACGAACGCAGGCCCGGACCCGCGGUCGUGGUACCGCCCUGCUCCGACCAUCCAGGCGCUCCAAGCCCAAGCUCGGCAGACUCUCGGGCCCAGCACCAGCGUCAACAUGUCGACACCGUCAACGUCGAAACAUGCUCGUCCUCGCAGGAGCUCGGUACCCUUCCCCGUCCCGCCGUCACCUCACAAGGCCUCGAAGAUCCCAUCCAGAACGCCGAAGGCGUCUUUCGGUGCUGCGCAGCCAUCCUAUGGGGUUCAGAGGGCCGACUUACGCGACAGGUACAAGAACGAUUGGAAGGAGAACAAUGUGCCGAGGCCGCGAAGUAUCAGCAUGUCCAACGACUACGCGUAUGGGAGGAGCCCGGGAAAGACGAGAGGAAGGACGAGGACGAUCAGCGGGCUGUAUACGCUUUUGAGGCGGAAAUUGUUCAGGUGCUAG